CCCGCGGCGGCCGCGCCAGAGCCUGCGCACUGGGGCCCCAGCGCCUGCGGCGGCUCCCCGCUCCUUCUCUGAAGAUGGCGGAGCGCGCCGGUGCUGGCACAUCCCUGAGGGGGCUGCGGGAACGGAUGGUUGCUGCUGCUAAUGCCAUUGCUGAAGAAAGACGGAGUCAGGGUAGCUUUAGCGCUCUUCCAUCACAGCCCUCAAAUAUAAAAUCAGCGUUUAAACCAGUAAUAGAUGGAUCUGUGCUUAAAAAUGAUGUAAAGCAAAGAUUAGCAAAGGAGCGCAGAGAGGAGAAAAAAAGACAAGAUGAUGCUAAUAAAGAGACACAACUACUUGAAAAAGAAAGAAAGUCUAAGAUCCUAUACGAAAAACAGAUGGAAGAAAAGCAGCGAAAGCUGAGGGAACAGAAAGAAAAGGAUGAACAACGGAGAAUAUCUGCAGAAAAAAAGAGAAACGAAAAGUUACAGGAAGAAAGGGAGAGAUUCAAAGCUGUCCUUCAUCGUACACUGGAACGGAGCAGCCGUGUGGAUCAUCAAAAAAGAUGGUCAUGGGAAGGCUCUACAACAGUAAACUCUCAGAAUAAAGCUGCCAACAAACAUUCUAUAUCUACUGAAAAGCUUGAACAGGGGACUUCUGGAUUACAUAAACAAAUGUCGUCUGCAAGUUCUCAAAAUUCUAUUGCCAAGAGCAUCCACAAUAUAUUCCAAUAUGUAAACAUGCCCCUGCUUAAGCAUAGCAGUGAUGAAUUGAAGAGUACCAUAGUGCCUCACAAGUCAACAGUGGUAAUACCUCCCCAGGAGAAAGUAGACACACCCUCCAAGACAAGCGUGGAAGCGGCCCCCAAGGCAAGUGUGGAAGUGCCCCCGGAGGUGAGUGUGGAAGCACCCCCCGAGGCAAGCUUGGAAGUAUCCCCCGAGGUGAGCAUGGAAGCACCCCCCGAGGCAAGCAUGGAAGCACCCCCCGAGGCAAGCUUGGAAGUAUCCCCCGAGGUGAGCGUGGAAGCACCCCCCGAGGUGAGCGUGGAAGCACCCCCCGAGGCGAGCUUGGAAGUAUCCCCCGAGGUGAGCGUGGAAGCACCCCCCGAGGCGAGCGCAGGAACACCCCCCACGAGUGUGGAAACAUCACCUGAGGCAAGCGAGGAUCUAUCCCUCGAGGCGAGUGUGGAUCCGUCCCCAGAGGUGAGCAUGGACUCAUCCCCAGAGGUGAGCGUGGACUCGUCCCCAGAGGUGAGCACGGAAGCGUCAUCUGAGGCUAGUGUGGAAGCAUCUCCUGAGGCGAGCGUGGAAGCAUCCCCAGAGGAGAGCACAGAAGUGCCCUCUGAGGCAAGUAUGGAGGCGCCCCCCGAGGCCUCCCCUGAGGUGACCAUGGGAAUGUCUUCCAAGGUGAAAAUGAAAGACUCUCCACAGAAAUCAGAAAUGGACAAACAGGCCUCAAACCCGAUUACGAAGAAGCGCCUACCACCAUCGCAGAUACCGUGUUAUAGAUGGUCAUCUUCUCCUACAAGCAGGUGGUGUCCUCCAUCUCCCAUCAGUGCUAGCAGGCAAAUCCAAAAGAAUCGCCCCCCGUCACCUUCACCCGUCACGUCAAAACAGUCGACACAGUUUUCUUUUUCCUGUAGAGCAAUUCCUAUGCAGCGUACCGUAUUUGCACAAAAUGCUUUAGGUACUAUUGGAAUGAAAAGUGAAGCCAUCUCUAACACCAUUAACAGCUCUGAGGCUGCAAGCCAAAAGGAUAUGAUCUGUGAAGAGUCUGGUAAUAAAAGCACACCAGGGCCUAUGAAUGCCGAGGAGGCAACAAAAAUUUUGGCAGAGAAACGACGUCUUGCUCGUGAACAAAAAGAAAAAGAGGAAGAAAGACUACAAAAAGAGAUGGAACAAAGGAAAAUGAAAGACAUAGCAAAGAAAGCAGCUGAAGGCCAACAAGAGGAGUUCUCAAAAUUUGGAGAUGGGCAACCACCAAAGGAGAUAAAAAAGAAGAAAGGAAGUCAAGAACAAGAAGACCAAAAAGUAGAACUCCAGAAAAGUGAUGCCAAAAUAAAAGCUCAGGAGGAGGCUGACAAACGCAAGAAGGAGCACGAGAGAAUUAUGUUACAGAAUUUGCAGGAGAGAUUAGAAAGAAAAAAGAGAAUUGAGGAAAUUAUGAAGCGGACAAGAAGGCCAGAUUCAAAUACCUCAAAGGCUACAGAAACAUUCAGCAAUGAUGCAUAUGAGGAGGACGAGGCAGACGAUGAGGACGAGUCGGAAAGUGACAGUGAUUCCUUUGAUGACAUGCAUCCAUCAGCUUUUAUAAACGGCACGGAGUCAUCCACAAAACCAAAAACACAUUUUAAAAACGUGAAGAACACUCGCAAGCUGGUGCUUUUAGAUGCGACUUCUAGCUACAUCCGUAAAGAGACAACACUUUUCAAUUGUGACAUGAAAACCUUCAGACAAAAAAGAGUGAAAGACCCUUUGAAUCAGACAAAGAGUGCCAGAUCCUCCACCAAAAGAACAGCCAACCGAGCAGCCAAAACCGGAAAGGCAGAAACCAGCAACACCGUGGGACCUUCCAAGAGCUUACAUUCAGAGGCACAGGAUUGGGUCUGUGACAAGAUUAUUGACAUCACAGGCGAGAUAGAAUCACCUAAGUCCAGUAUCCCUCCUGAUAGCCGAAAACACCAUCUGAAAGGUCCCAUGGCAUCCUGCCUAAGUCACCAGCCGCCUAUAGACAACAAGAAAACAAGCAAAUCUGUUUCUGCUCUAUCAGAUAUGUAAACCUCAUCCAGCCUGGAAGAGAAUCCAUUCUCCACUCUGGAUUUUGACCUCCAGGCACAUCUCUCAAAAUUUCUCCACCUCCUACUUGAACCUGGCAAAGAAAAUGACUCUCAAAAAAAAAAAAAAGGGAAACAUCAAAACGUCAUCUUAACUUAUCUCAGAAGAUGCUCAUAUCAUCUUCACUCUUGCCCACAAGCAAGGGUUCUGAGUAAAGAGUCGUUUUGUCUUCCUGUAAAAAUCUUCAUGUCUCUCGUUCUUGUGUUUUCCUACCAACACGUUUGAGUGUGUAUCGAGGGUGUCUUUAUAAAAUGCUAACUCUUGAGUUUCUAAGAGAAUCUCUACCAGAGGAAUAGUUUUUUCUCAGUAUAUAUUUGAAAUCUUAAAAUCACGUUUACUCCAUUUAACAAUUACUUUAAUUUACCAAUAACAACUCACAUUCGAUCUUGUAGAGGACAUGAUGGCUUAUUUGAGGGCCUCAAGAUUCCUCACAAGAGCUUUGUUUGGAUUGUUCUUAAUAUACAAAUACAGAAGGUUGCAAAAUAUUAAAUCACAUUUUACCGCUAUGUACGUAUAUUUCUAACUCUGCCAUAGUCUGCCAGCCCCGUACACAGGCACUGAUACCCCCAAAUACUGGGAGUCCUAGAAGGUGUGAUCUUCAGCAUCUUCCCUGCUUUUGUCAGUGUUUCAUUUUGAAGUACAUACUGCGGUUUAUCUAUAAAAACAUGUUAUUAUUUUUAUUGUGUACAUAGGGCAGUAUUUGGCUGUUGUCUGAUGGGGUAUGUUGAAUUCCUCUAAAAGUUUACUGUGUAUAAUCUUUUUCUGCUUGUGCUCUCCAGGCCUGCCCUUCAGUAUACACUCAGGCUUGAGAUGUGGAAUCAAAAUUUGCUUGCCUUUCUCUAGCGGCUGGCUGCGAGUGAGUACAGGAGCAGUGUUAUUCUUUGGCCCCCUUGAUAGGCACAGAGACAUACACAGUGUACACGCACACACGUGUACACAGGAUAUAUGUUUCCUGAAAUUCAUUGAAUCCUGCUUAAACCAUUGACUAAAACUUGAAUUCAAAUUAGUGGUCCUAAUGCUAAUGAGUUUUCUGGUGAAUCACAAAUAGUUUGAAGCAGGCCUGUGUUCCUUUGUAGCCACCAGUCUUCAAUUAGUAAAAGGAAGUAGUUAUUCUUUCUGAUUCCCUAGUUCUUUGCUAUUCAGAGUACUGUACCUUUGUUAUAGAAUAGAGCUUGGUGCCUUAGAUUUAAAAACUUUUUAUACACUAGCUCUUUUAUAAAAAAGGCAGAGACAGUCAUCUUAACAGAUGUGAUUCUGAUAUUUUUCUGUACAGAUUUCACAUGUUGAAACACUGUUACGCCUUCAUAUAAAUGUGUGUGCUCUAUGCAAUAAACUUUGCAGGUAAAGCAAGUUUUCUUCUUAUUUUAAUAAUAAAAAAGGUACUGGUGGUGGUAUAAAGGUGACACCAGUUGUUAACCAAGCUAUGAACACAGGCAACAGGUAUGUUCGAUAAGUAAUCAAAUCCUCUGAUGCCACUCUGCAGUCACUUGGUGAUUUGGCGGCGUUCCACCGUGGGACAUUAAGAUGUGAAUUUUGAACUCUGGUCUUCUUCCUGCACCUGUUUCAAUGCUUGUUAACUCUUCCCUG